GUGAGGCGAGGGCUGGAGGCCGCAGUGAUCAGCUGGGCUGUGGUGAGGGUAUACACAAACAUCUUGGGCACCUUCAAGUCUUCAAAUCUGCCGUCCAAAAUGCAUACUUAAUUUGGAUUAUCAUGACCCUUUUAUCUGGAAUGACUGAGGCAAUGUGAAAUCAACAGAUGAGUGUCCACUAGCUUCCACCAUACAUCAAAAUGUUGUCCAUGUGUGGGCUGCUGUGCCGUAUGCUGCGAGGCUGGCGGCACAGCGAGGCUGUAAUGCUCAUGGCAAAAGCACUGUCACAGCCUCACUCAUCACUCUUGGUACAAGACAUUGUGGCUGCAGACACAGGUGGGGUAUCAGUGAAUGAGCCAUGUGGCACCUCUCCAUUUUGUCAGAACAGCAGUGAAGGCACCUUGGGGCAACAACUAUGGCGCGACAACAAUAAGCAGGCAGUUAUCAUCGACCCCAAGCAAUGUGUGGAUCUUCAGCGGUGGACCCUCUUUCUGUCCUCCUCUGACAACCCCAGCAGUCCCUUAAGCAAACAUCCCUCACAGCAAGCCAGUGAAAAUGGGACUUCAAGCACUGGAAACUCAGAAGCCUCUGGAACAAUUACAGUCCUACUUGAAGCUACUUAUCGAGAAACAGAUGAUGAACCUAUUGUCGACUAUCAUGUUAUGGUGGAACAACUGUCUCAGCCUUAUGCUUGGAAAGCUCGAGAUGUAUUUGGAGUGAUUGUGACGACUACACCACCCCAGUUACUUGCGAUGAUCCAGGCUUUCUUCAACAAUGCUCUUCUCAUUGAUGAUGACUUUCUCAUAAAAAAGAUACUUACUAUUGAAGUUAUAGGCCAGCCAUCUACCUUGGAAGAUCCUCUGAGCAUCCCCCAGUGUGUGACCCCCGGCCCUUGGAAUGUGGAUCGUGUGUCUCUCACACAGAUGGAGAUUGCUCGUGGUGUCUCGCCCAUUGGUUACCCGGGCCAACCUCCACUUGUAGGAUGUGGGAAUUUAGGAUUACGAGGCAACUCUCUUCGUCCUCCAUUACUGUCUGCUCUUCUGCGCCAUCAGUCAUCUGGUGAAAGUGCCACAGAUACAUCUACCACUCUCAAUCCCCAAUCUUCCAGCGAUAGCGAUAAACAUCCAUCCAGUCUCGACCCCCAGUCAUCUUACGAUAGUGUCAGUGAUUAUCCAACAUCUGAUGCUGACGAUGUGUCAUGUAAUGUCUACAACUUUUAUCCCAGAGGAUGGGCGGUCUCAGGAAACCAGAUUAUCUCGGGACAGCCGUUAUCGGUGAGAGGAGUGUUAACCCAGUUGGAGGGAAAAUUUCCAAAUAAACCUUGCUCGAUUCUUACCAACCCAAUGGAAGACUUAUGGCAGGAGCCUGAGGAUGCCCAGAAAGUGAUUGAUGAUAGCUGUACCAGUGAUCAGAGUUUACUGUGUUUAAAUGGUCCCUCCAGAGACCCUGAUUCAAGAAGUACAUUACCAAGAAUUAAGAAAGAUAGUAGAGUCUGUCUUUAUCCAUACAGGUGUCUUCCAGGAAGUGUACUUUGUAAAAGAGUAGGACACACUGAACCUGGUAAAAAAGAGAGAGAAAUUGUUAAGGAAGCAGCUGAAUAUUAUCAAAGGGCGUUGUAUAGUGCGCAGGAGCGAAGAGAAUGGGCUAAGAAGAGUUUAAGUUCAACUAGUGAUGAAGAUACCCUUUUGAAUGAGUAUUCAUUUUCAGGCACCCAAGAUGAAGCAGUCGUCACUCAUGAGCCCAAAAAAUACCCGGUGAGAAUCAAAAGUGAAGCAGACCUGAGCAGAGCUUCUAGUAUCAUUAAAGACAAUCUUGCUAAUAUUGUUCAAAGGUAUCUUGUUAAAUCUGCAAACUCACCAGAUUGCCAAUAUCUAUAUCCCAAAAUUCCCUCAGAAAAUCCUACUCUCAAGUUGCCAUAUACCUCUGAUGAGCCCCAGGUCCUAACACUUCAACCCAGAGGAGUACAAGAACCGGAUAGCCAGCAUGUGGAUAUAACUGUAGUAAAGGCUGAGGUGACCGAAGCAAGUCUCGUUAGAAUCACCGAACAGGUUGCCCCAAUUACUGAAAUAGAAAGCUUCCGCCAGGGUGGUAGUCUUAAGUAUGUAAAUGCUAAGAAAGAAGAAAGAUUAGUUCCUGUUGUAGAUAAUAAGGAAAAGAUCGAACAAACAAUACCCCAAAUUGUACCUUCAUUAUUUAAUCAAUCCUUUACCAAACAAAAUGAACAAAAGCCAGAUAUACAGAUCACUGAUGAUAAGAAAACUGUCUGUGCAGCAAAUUGUAGACAAUCAAUUAGGUCAUCAGGCAAGAGUGAGAAAAAGUUAAUUAAGAGUGAAGAAAUCGUUCCUCCAACCAUGAAACGAGAAAGUCGUAUAGAUAUUCCAAUGAAUAUAGAAGAUGAACUGAAGAGCAGGACUCCAUUUGAUCAUGAGGAUGCUAAAGUUAAAGUUACUGUGAUAAGAGAAGACUUUCCAUACGUAAACAUGGAUACCAGUAAUGAAGCAGAAGGAGCUUCUCAAAACUUAAAGUUAGUUGAUGUAGCAACAGAGAAAACCAACAGAAUAUUUACGGAUAAACCUGUUAAUACAGGAAUCAAGGAAACUGACAGAGUGCAUGCACAGAGUGGUGGAAAACAUCAUGAUGAUAUUACCAAUAUAUCAUUUAUAAAAGAUAAAAGGCUUAUCAGCACAGCAACAAAGAAGUAUGAGCAAAUUCCAUCUGAGGUGUUGGUUAAUGUAUCAGUUGCAAAAAGUGAAAAGCUUGAGGAUGUAAGACUUAAGAAAGUAGAAGGAACCUUUGAAAUAACACGAGAAGAGAAAGAAGAUAAUGCUAACAAGCCUGCUACAGCCGAAGACUUCUACAACAUUAGACUCCACAGAGAAAAAGUUCAGGAUUUGGAUGUGACGACCAAGAUGAAAGAAUUGGUCUUGAUUCAGCAAGUAGGUGAGAGUAUCAUUGAUACUGAUGUAACAUCAAGUGAGAGUGGUAGUCAUGAUGGUGUUCCCACACUUAAAGGUGAUAAAAAUUUUGCUCCAUCUGUAACUGUAGUUGAACCUAAUGCCAUUAUAACUAUUACCAGUGAUAUUCCUAAUGUAACUGUACAGAUUAAUGACUCAAAUACUGAACCUUCCUUGGUUUUAAGUGAAAGAUUUGCUGAUAUUCCUAUCAUUUUAGAUGAAAUGCAACAGAACAGUCCCUUAAAAGAGAAUGAAAGUUAUGAUCCAUACCUUCAUUCCAAUAAUUGGUUUACCAAUGAUGUAGUCAUAUUUGAAAGCACAGAAGAAAAGGGUGAUGAUUCACUUGAUGCAAAUGAAGAUGUAGCAACAAGAUUAACUAAGAGACCAAAAUGUUUGAAAGAUAUCAAUAAACUCAAUACUAAAUCAAGCACAGCCAGUGAAAGUUCAUUUGAAUCUUUGCCAUACAGAAUGCUGACAUCUCAGCCAGACAGUCUUACAGAUGAUAUAGCAAUAGAGCUAACCCAAGCUCCCCCAGACUCAGAGAAGUUGAGAGCAGCUAGACUAGAAUUAAUAAGACAAGAGCGUAUCAAUGCUAUCUCAUUACACAGCAUAUCUCUCAUGGAGUCAAAGGAUGAAAGCACUUUCAAGUCUGAUUCACCAGAGGAGGAGGAGGAGCAUAAGACUGAGGCUAAAGACAUGUCUGGAGGUAUUUCACACAUAGAAAGUACGUUGGUGGAUUCACUGAUAGGAGCAACUCAUAUAUGUGAUGAAGGUAGACAGCAGGAUGGGCUAAGCAGCGCGUUGUUUGAUUCAGGGGUAGAGGUGAUGAUGCAGGAUCAUGGAACCAGUGUUACAUCAUCUCUUAUCAAGUCAUUUCCCAGUCCUGUUGACUCUGUACCUGAAUCUGGCUUCUCUAGUCUUAAAGAACCUUUGGCUAAUGAAGGCACAAAUGAAGAUGGUGGAUUUGAUGACCACAUUGGAGUUUCUCUCAGCAAGUCAAAAGACAGCCUAGAUCUCACUGACACUGAUCGCUUUCCUGGGACUGAUACACUCUCAGAUGAUAUGGAAACUCUUUCUCUGAGUACUGGGGAUGUAACCCUUGUGGAAAGUGGUCCUGUGUCUACAGUAGGGUCAGCAAGGGGGAGUAUCUCAGAGUUCUCACAACAGGAUACUGGGAGGUUGAAGUUUUAUUCAAGUGAACCUUCCAAUUUAGAUCUAGGUCCAGUUGGUGUUCUCAGUUCAUAUCAAGAAAAUUCUUCCUAUUAUAGUUCCUGUGAUUCAGAGAAGAAACAGUUGCCAGCUGCUGAUUUCUCUCACAUUAAGCUCUCUUCAGAUUCAUCAGCACCAGAGCAUUAUGUUGAGGAAUGUGCAUCAGAAGAAAUUGCACACAGUUGUAGUGAAAUCGCAAAGGUUUCACCUGACGUUUCAAAAUCAAAUCUUGUAGUGAGGUUGGAUGAGAAAGCUAUUAGAUGGCUGUCUGGUGAUGGGAGCGGUUCAAAGAUGAAAACUAGUGAAUCACUUUCCUCAGAUGACACCGUUAUAUCCAGGCUUUCUUUUGAAGAGCACAAUGCCAAGCUUCUUAGUCAAGGAUCACAGGAAGAACCAACUGAGUUUUCAGAGUCUCCUUCAAGAAUCUCUCCUAAUGAUGAGAAAGAUGAAAAGACAAGAAAAGACUUAUUUAAUAUUACAGUUCAAAGUACAGAUUAUAAUAAGGAAGCAGUUAAUUCUAAAACUGAAUCUGCAAUGGAGGAUACAGAGAUGGUUAAUGAAAUGAGAAGUUCUGAUGAUGCAGCAGUAGUUCUCAAAGGUCAACAGGUAACCAGUUUUCCAGACAAAGUCAUCAAUGAAUGCCAAAAAGAAAAAUAUUCAGUACACGUUGAUGGGAAGGAUAACAUGAUAAGGGGGGAAAGUACCUCAUCUUCAGAAAAAGCUGUUGACUUAAGUAUUGGUGAAGAUUGUACAAGUGAAAUUAGUAGAGGUACAGAUUUCAUCGAAAAAGAUGAAACUGUGACCAUACAUGAAGUUGUAGGUCAUGUAUAUUCCAGUACUAGAGAUAGUCGAGUUGAUUCUAUGCAAAACAACAUUGAGCUUCAUUUAUCUAUUGCAGAUAAACUGAAGUUGUUAACCAGUUCUGAGCCUGUGUCAGAUUCAGUACAGAGAGAUGAAUCAUAUGGUAUACAUAAUGUUAAGAAUCCAGAUCAUGUAAUGGUUGAAGACUUUAGCCAUCAAUCUGAGAAGUCUUAUGAGGUUGGGUAUUCAAACUCCAUUGAAGGUUCAACAUCUUUACCUCCUAACAAAGAAAGUAAAGUAGAGAAGACGGGAGAUAUGGCAAGUUCCAAUACUGAUGUAAUUGUGUCGGUGACAUCGGAGAACUCCAAAAAGAGUGAUGUCAGUGAAAGAUCAAGUCCUAAUGCAAAUGAAACAUGCAGCACCUGUACCUCAGACCGGCCAAGUAGACACUCCAGCAAGAGUGGAGUGUCAGAUCUUGAAGAUGAAGUUUUCUUACCACCAAAGGAAAACUAUAUCUUCGAUGGUAGGCCUGUGAUUUAUUGUCCAAAGAUUGAUAUGGCAAACCAGAUUGGAAUUUCUCCUCCAAAAGUGGCCAUGAGUGUAUUUGCAGUUGUCCCUUCAAAGCAUACAAAUAUAGGAAAAGAGGAAGACUGGAUAGCAUCUGGUAAAGAGGAUUUGCUAAAGUUUGCUAAUUACUCAACACUUGCCAAAUUAACCAAUAAUGGAAACAUGCAAGAAGUAAACAAAACUGAAAAUUUGACAACACAGCCAACAGAGAUAACUUCCUUGCCGGUUUCCAGGGUAACAGCUCAAGAUCAUUUUCCUGAUAUGAGAGGGAAGGAAAUGCAGUUAAUAGAAGAACUAAGAGAAACUCAUGAAGGAUCUGUUAAUGUGUUGACCUUAUCUGACACAACAUGGAAAGACUCUAGCAAACAAGGCAUGUCAUUAGACUCCUCAGGAAGACUGUCUUUGGAAAAAGAGCUCACCUGUUCAAAUGAUACUAGAGAAGCACAUGUGUUGGAUAUUGAGCAUGGAGAUUGUAUCCUCCUUCCAGAAACUAAAGGAGAUACUAUAAAUGUGGCUGAUGGAGUAAUGCAUGAAGAAAAGAUGAAUAUUGAUGGAAAAUACGAAGAAAUAAUACAAAGUGAUUAUCAUCAAAGGAGUGAAAGUGAACUGGCAGUGCAUAUCCCAAUCCCUGAAUCUGCCUCAAGAAAUGAAUUGAAGGCAGAAAACAGUCAACAAAGUAACUUAAAUCAAGUGGUUUAUUAUGAGUACAUGCCCAUGAUGGGCACAGAAGGGAAAGUGUCUGAAGAUUUACAUGACAGUCACAUGCACAAAGUUAAAACAGAAAUAAAGAGUGAAGAGAAAUCCUCCACAGAGACACAGUCAAAUAUCAAUUUAGUAAAAGACAGUUUAUUUAGUUGUGCUGGUAGUAAAAUUUUUGAAUUGAAAACCAGUCAGCUACACAAGGAAAAUAAAGAGUGUGUGGAUCAGGAAGUUACAUAUUCAAGUAAAUCCUCACCAAAGGAAAUUUUUGAACCUAGUAAACCCAGACUGCUCCGUAUGCCCAACCUUGAGAGAACUGAUACAACUGUGUCGCCCAUUCAUCAAGCCUCGCUUAAAGUUUCUGCUAAAUCAGGUAGUACACCUCAAGAAUCUCCUGUGGUAUCGCCUGCUGUUACUUGUGACAUGAAAAAAGUUCCAUUUCCAGUUACUAAUUUACCGGUGGAUGCAUAUGGCUCUUCAAGCCCCGUGUCUAGAGAGGCAACUGAUGAAGAAAAUUCAGUAAUUGAGAAUAUAGCAAAGGUUGAUGUAAAACUGAAAAGUACAAGCUUUGGUGAGAAAACAGACAGUGAUCCUGAAGUGCCAGAAAAUGCUGUUGAAAGGGCAUACAUUACAGAAUUUUCAUCUCGUGAAAUUACACAUGAAGAGGCAAGAAUAUUAGGGCGAGGAGGAAGUGCAGAGGAAACAUCAACAAGAGAUGAGUCAUUAACAAGGUCUCCUGAGCCAGAGUUAAAAAAAUAUGGCAGUGAAGAGCUGUCAUCAAUAUUAACAUCAGAUAGCCGGGGAUCAUCAGCAUCAAAGAGUUACUUGGAGCCAGAUCUAAGAUCUGUUAACUCCAGCUGGGGUGCAAGUGGAUCACUAGAAUGCUUAGAGAGUGAUACUGAUAGCAAAGGGUCCCACACUCACAGACACGGGUCAAUUACCACUGCAAAAUCAGAAGAACUUGGCAUGAAAUGUGAUAAGGUAAGCUUAAAAUCACAAGGGUCCCUGGAUAAGUUUCCACACUUUGAUCAGGUCACUUCUCAGCAGAAAGCUCGUGGGGCACGCAAAAAAGUCUUCUCUGUUGACAUUGAAAGUAAAGAUAAGAAAAAUACAAACAAAGAAAUGCAUAGGAGUGUCACCCUUCCAGCAGGAUCGAUGUCUUCAAGUAAGAAGGAAGAAAAGAAGAAAGAUAAGGAAGAAAAAAGUAAGAAAAAGAAGAAAGAUGGGGUAGGAAACAGUGAGAAGAAAUCUGCCAUGUUAUCUUUGAAGGGGCUGUUGAAGAGAAAUAAAUCCAAAGAAAAAGAGAAAGAUAAGGAUAAGGAUUCGUCUCGGGAAAAGCUGUCAUCUCCUUCUCUAUUCCGAAAACUUGAGAAGAAGACUAAAAGCAAUACCCAGUCCCCACUUCUUGAUGAGAGAAAACAAGGGGAACAAGGUAAUGUAAUAAAUGGUUCCCGUCGAGAUGUAGAGAAAACCAAACACAGCCCUGUAGCAACCAAUGGCAAAACACGCCCUGUAAUUAGUAGCCCUGUUAGUGUACAGCAGGUAGGUAAUAUGGCAGGUAUGGGUGUAGCAACAACCAUAUGUAGAGGCAAUGGUGGAUUAGCAGCUUCUGGGUCUGAUAGUGACAGCCCAAUUGGGAGUCGCCAGUCUUCUCCAAAGCGUAUCAUCAGCCACCCCCGUAUGGCCAGCCUUGGCACUCAGCCUUCCCCGCGAUUGUACAAACACGUCCUUACCCGGCAUCUUUCAAGCAGCCAAGAGUCGGUAGACAACCCUCUCCUGUCAUCAACCCACUCAUCCCCUCAGGCAUCUCCACAUACAUCUCCUAAGAGAAUUAUCCCUGCUUCAGCUUCCUCAUAUAGUCUUCCUGCCAGUAGAGAUAUGAGUCCUCCAGCCCCAGUAAUGGGCACCCGAGCCCUUCGAGGAUCCAACAAUAGCUUUUCGGUUACAAUAGGCUUCAAACCUAAAGUUGAGAAGCGCAAUAGAACCAUGAGUGAAGGAGCCGAUCUCAACAAAGUUUCACUCUCACCGGUGUCUAAACGCAAGGAGGGUUCACGUAUUUUGACACAACUUAAUAAACGAUCAUCCUCUAUGGAAAUUCUUGUGUGUGGUAAAAUCAGAGAGCAUUGUUCACAAAGUGGAAAGUCUCCUAGUGGAAGCCCAUUCUCUCGCGAGGGAAGUUUCCGAUUGCACAGAGAAAUUUCUGUAGAGACUUUGUUUGAACUUCCCGAAACAAGUCCCAGAUCAAGCAGGACACAGGAGGAGUAUCAAGAGUACCUUAAUGAAAUUCAUGCCAGGAAUGACUCUCAGCAUGGGUCGUCUUGGAGUUUAGUUGAAGAAUCGGAAAUUGAUAAGGUUAAACCAGAUACACUUAGUAGGCGGAGUUCCCAUCAUACCCCUGCUGGGAAAAAACUCAGUCUACCACACAAUAUGCAUCUUUCAGGGUUGUGUGAGACAGCGUCGUCAAAUCCAAACCUUCAGCGUACUGGAUCACCAUUUGUUCGAGGUGUUUCACACAGCUCAAGUUUUACCUCCAGCCCCUACAGGCGACCUCAUUCAUCUGCAGCAGUAUAUUCUCCAGCCAAACGUGUUAUGUCCACCUCUGUAGGUGGAUCUCCAUCAAGUGAUGCUACCCCAGGAAUGCCACUCAUGCGUGUGGAAGAAGAAGGGCCAUGUCGAAAAAACCUUGACGCUGUAACAGAAAAACCCCCCAAUGUCCUUGUUUAUGCUGCAAAUAAGGUAGAAAGAAUACUUCUAAAUAUCUUUCGAAAACAAACAAAGUGUACAAGAUGA